AUUCAAAUGUUUCACUAUUUGUGACAAAAAGUCGCAAAAUUUCUGUUCCGUUUAAUUCUACAGAAGAAUUUUUUUUUUUAAAUUAAUGACAUUAAAAACUAUCGAAAACCAUGUUUCGAUAUAUUUUACGAAAAUUGUUGUCCGAGAAAAGCUGUUCCAGGCAUUUAAUAAGAUACAGUGACUCUAACAAAAAUACAACUUCGAAUAACGAUAUUGCAUACGAAGCUGAGUACUAUUAUAAACAGGAUAAAAAAUUGCUAGAGCUGUUGAAACAAAAAAUGCAAGAGGAAGUGAAAUGCAUGCAAGAAGAAGUGACAACAAUGCGUAAUAAAAUUGAAGAAUAUAAUCGCACUAUCAACGAAAAUCUUCGAUUUUUAAAAGGUCUUGAGAAAGAUUUGUCCGCGAGCGAUAAGAAAUAGUUUUAUAUUGAUAGAUAUUUUUUUGAAAAAAACGCGAGACAUUGUAAUUAGUCGCUAAUGAUAUUUGUUAAAGUACAAAAUAUCAUAUUUGAGAAAAAAGAAAAUUAAUGUAAGCUAAACUUUUUAUAUCUUGUGAUUAAAAAAUGGUCGAACGAUAAACAUAGUGAUUACUCUUUCAAUCUUUAUUUUAAAAUUUAUCGCUUUUUCGCAAGACAAAUAUUUAUUUAAAGAUGAAACUUACCACUAUGGUGUCGUCAUUGUGCAAUUUUCCCGUCCAUUAUUCUUUCGAUUUCAUUAUCACUUUCUACACUUUACACUACCGAGCUAAAAAUGAAAAACAAGAAAAUUAACAAUCAUCUUCAUUAAUUUCACUUUAUCAUUAAUUUUUAUAAUACGUAUUAGAUUUAAGUUUGUCCAAUUAUAAAAAUGUUACGUUAAACACAAUGUACGUAAGACAAGUAAUACGUUAGACAAGUAACAUAAAUAUAGUA